CCGCAGCUGCCUCCUCUCCCUCGCUGGCUGUGCCUCACCUCAGCAGGGGGAAAGGCAGCCACACAAAUUGGCCCCAGAGAAGAGGCCAAUAUCCCUGGAAUAGAGAAGUGCCCGGGAUAAAUGGGCCUCCAGAACGCCAAAGCCUCCUCAGUGAAGCGGGCCAACAUCCUGAUGCUGGGGCUGGAUUCUGCGGGGAAAUCCACGCUGCUCUGCAAGUUCAGGUAUAAAGAUGAUUUUCUAACGAUGCCAACGAUUGGCUUUAAUGUGGAUAUGAUUGAAGCAGGGAAAGAUUUUACACUGACAGUUUGGGAUGUUGGAGGACAGAAGAAAAUGAGAGAGCUCUGGAACAAUUUCCUGGAAGACACCGACGGGCUGCUCUACGUGGUGGACAGCUCUGACAAGCACCGGCUGGAGGAAUCCAGGCGGGAAUUUGAGCUCAUUUUAAAGAAUGAAUCCAUAAAAAACGUCCCUGUGGUCGUGCUGGCGAACAAGCAGGAUUUGCCUGGAGCUCUGAACGCCGAGGAGAUCACCAGGAGGUUCAAGAUGAAGAAGUACUGCAGUGACAGGAACUGGUACGUGCAGCCCUGCUGUGCCAUCACGGCAGAAGGGCUGCCAGAAGCUCUCCAGAGAGUGGCCACCUUUGCCAGGCAGUACAGCAAGUCAAAGGAGACUUUCACCACCCUGAAGGAACUCACUGCCUUUUAAGGAUUUCUAUCGUCCACUUCUGGUGACUCUUAACAGAUUUUGUUGGACAGAUGAAAUCUGGAAAUACUGGAUCGUGAUGAACUUUUAUACAUAAAUAUUUAUAAAGAACUGUGACAAUGUUAAAUUCUACUGUUAUACCUGCAGAUACUUGAUAUACCUGCUAGGAUAUCUCAUACCUGAGAUAGGAC